UAUGAUAACGGAAAUAUUUUUAUGGCCUUUGUCACAGUACUUAAUAAUAUUAUUUCGCGUUUCGUAACGGAAUCUAAAGUUUUAUUUGUACAUUUUAAAAUUGAUUUUUGCGGCAGGUAAGUACGUAAAAUGCCCGACCGUCCAAAAUGCCGAAAACUGUCACCGUCGUCUUACAGGCGUUUCUAGUGUUCAGGUUUUCUUUUGUACGCUGACAACGGCGAUUUUGAUUCGGGAUUGCCACUACCGUUGCGACGUCAUUACUGUAAAAUUUCUUAGCGUUCGAAAUUUGUAUGCUGAGCCUGCUGCUGCUGCGACUGCGACGGCCUUCGGUAUGACAUUGCUUCCGUUACCGUCAUCUUCGUCGUCGUCUGUCAGCCAAUUAUUACCCUGUCGAUUUUCCGUCUGACCAGCGUCUACCGAGAAACGACCAAAAAAUGUCUGCUGAUUCCCCGAGUAAGAUCGUCAAGAACGUGGUCGGCAAACUGGUACUACCCGGGCCUGUAGUCGACAGGUCGAUCAUUGAUAGCGUGGCCGGAUUCAUCCAGGACGUCGUGCCGCAUGUAAGUCGAUUGAGAUAUUCGGAGCCAAUGCAGUUUUUACUCCUAUGCUCGUUUUCGAUUUUUUUUUUUUCAAAAAUGUGUUUUAAAAUGAUGAAUUUAAUGGUUUGAAAAAAUUAUUGCUCUCUAGUUAUUCCAAAAAAAUAAAAAUAUCAAAACCUUCAAAAAAAAAAUUUUUUUUAAACGACGGUUAGUUAAGAUUAUGGUGCAUUCAAAAUUUUUGCAAACUAUUAUUUUAAAGUUUUAGCAAUUUGAAGACCAUAUCUUCCUAGGUAUACAUCGUGUACAAAAACAAACAAUUGUGGUGGACAGCUCGCUACAUCUGCGGAGAGGCUGCUCUCUUGCCAUCUUGAUACUAUUGUUAGGUGAAUAUUGUCUGAAAUAUAUACCUCAACUUUGCUAUGCGAAAUUUGAACGUAAAGUUCCUCUAUUCAUUAUCUUUACGAUCUAAUGUCAGACUUUUAUUGAAAAUAAACUGAUUUGUUUUGCAAAACCACUUCAAGUAGGUAUUGUAAAAUUGGGCUACUUAAGAUAUUUUUAAAGGUAUUUGUGUCAAGAAUAUGUUACUGGCAAUAAAAUUAAUUAGAUCAUAAAGUAUGUGUAUUGUUUCAUUAAAGAUAACCUUAUUAUUAAAAUAAAAAAAAAAUAUAUUCCUGAACUUUUUUUUUUUGAAAAGACCCUUUUCUAAGAUAAGUACCUACUUGGUUGGGUAUUACUUGAGAUAGUAAUUUAUAGAGAUAGCUGUUCACAAACUUCAUGUUUAACUUAUUAUUAUUAUUUUAAAAAAUUCAAGAAGGUAUCAUUUAUUAUGCAAUUAUAAAUGUCUUAUAUUGAUAUAUUCUGCUGAAUAUCUAGUAGUGUUUGAUAAUGUGAUCACUGAUAAAAUAUGUUAGGUAAUAACGAUAACAAAAAUGUGCAAUAAAUGCUACUCUAUUACCACAAGGCAUAAUUAAAAAUUUCUUAAAUAAUAAAUAUGGCCCAAGUUAGGUCAUAUGUACCAGUUCUCAAGUUUUGUGUUAAUAGAGGAAAAAACACAAAAAUAAAUGCUAUUUUUACAGAUGUAGUAACCCUUAUACUUGUCAGGUUUGAUUGUUAGUUCAAUGUACCUAUUCAAAAUUAUAAAAUUUGAAAUGCUAAUAACUUCCAAAAUGAAAAAGAGCAACACCAUUUUUGAAUUCAGUUGCAUCACACAUUUUAUAAAAAAAGAAAUUGAAAAAUUAUCAUUUGAGCUAAACUGCAUUUAGCAUAUAAUUUAUAAUUUAGUCUGUCCUAAUUUAUCAUUGAAAUCAAGUAAUUUGAUUUGUGUAGGUAAAUAUUUAUUAUUUAGGUACUUAUUAAUCUAACUUUCAUACUAUAAUGGCUUGAGUAUUGGUUUCGUUUUAAAUAAGAAAAUGUAUUUGUUUAUGUUUUUUUGAUAUAUGUACUAUUAGGUAGAUACCAAUACAUUAAAUUGUUGAUUUUUAAUUUAAAAGUUAACAUUUUAAUUUAAAAAUCCGUAGGUAGUUGUAUAAAUAAUAAAUACUAGUUAAAAUAAAGUUCUUACUACUAAUUUUACUUAGUGUGCAAAGUUCCCGGUUUCUGAAAGUAUUUUAAACAAUAAAUUAUAAUUGUAAAUACUAUUUUGAAAGAAUUUAGGAACCUAGGAUCUAUAAUAUGCUUAUGUGUAAAAAUCUAAAUAAACUUACCUAAUUAAUUUUAUACUUAAUUUGUAAAUAGUUAACAAGACAUUUUUUUAAAUACUUAAGUAGGUACCUACUAUUAUAUUUAUACUUAUAUUUUAAUUCCUAUUUUAUUUUAAUAUCGACUAGUAUGAAAGUAUACAUUUUAUAAUACUUAUAAUUAAAUAAAUAAUGAUCUUCUCAUUGACUUUCAGCCCAACUAUGGAGGUCUGCUACUUCAUACUAAAUUUCUACUUUUCCACUUCUCACCUAGCAUACACUGGCUGUCCUUGAGUGUCUUCAUAUCAUUCUCAAUCACAUCCAACCAUUUCUUUUUGUUCUUCCUCCCCUCUUUUUCCUCCUACAUGUAAUUUCAUUAUUAUUUGUAGGUACUGCUUUUGUCUCUCUGUAACAUGCCUAAACCAUUUUUGUCUAUUUUCUCUUAUUUUGUCUAUUGUUGAAUGCUUAAGCUACUUCUUAUGUACUCACUUCUUAUCUUAUUUUUUAUCGUUUUUCCACUCAUCUUCCUAAGCAUUCACAUCUUUGCUAUACUAAUUUUUUGUUUUAUUUUUCUGUCUAUCAUACUCAUGUAAAACUUACCUUUAAGUCUUAUUGGAAUUUCUCUUAUCACAUAAAACACCCGAUGCUUCUUUUCACUAUAUCUAUCCACAUUUAAUCUUAUGUUUUUCAUCAUAAUCAAAGUCAUAGUUCUUUUAAACAAAAGAACUUAGGUACUUAUAAAUCUCAACCUCGCCUAUUAUGUUACUACUUAUUGUCAUUAGCUGUCUUGCCUUAUUCCUCCAAACUCGUUCUUUAAAUACUCUGUUUUACUUCUAUUAUCCUUAAUCCCUUUUUUUCGAGUGGUAAUCUCAAUUUCUCAAGCCUAUUUAAAUAAAUGAUAAUUAAUGCAUGGAUUUGUAUGUGAAUGCAUAAUUUUAAUAAAAGCAAAUUUCUAAAUUUUGAAUAAAAAUGAAUACGUUUCAUAUCACUAAAUAAAGUAAGAUUUUUAUUUUGUAUACUUUCCCAUAUUUUGAUGUAAUUAGGUACCUAUUUUUAAAUAUUUUGUAUAUUCAUAUCCAUUAAAAACUAUUAGAAAUAUUCUUUUGAAUAAAAAUUAAAUUAUAUCAAUGGAUAUUGAAUUUACCCCAUCUGUAUUUUUUAAAUAUGAUAUAUUUUCCAUUAUCCUUCAGCCUUCUUUUCUUUUUUAACAAAUCAAUUUUGAUACCUAGCCACCAUACAUUUAAAUUUGAAAAUCUCCAAAUAUACUUUUCUCCAAAAAAGAUAACAAUGAAAUGAAUAAGUAAAAUCAAUAAACAAUUUGUAUAAUAAACCUGUAUCAAGGAUAUCUAUAGUACUUUUUUAUAUGAUUAAAAUUAAAAAGAGAGACAUACUUUAUACGUGGGUGGACCACUGUUAAAGGGGAGAAGUUGAGAAGGUAGUAGAGGGAAAAUUUAAUGUAUAUCUGUUAGCAAAGAUAAACCAUUGCUAACAGAAAAAACAAUUUUGUGUGGAGUUCAGUUGAUAGUGUUGCUUUGUCAAUAUUAUGUCAUAUUAUGGUAAAAUAAUUACAUAGUUAGAAAAUAUAUAUUUUAUUUACUAAUAUUUGUUUUAUAUUUAUAUAUAAUAAACAUGAUAAGCCCUUUUAUAUAAUACAGUAUGCUGUGAAUGACAAUAAGAUAGUACAUUAGUAGCACAGUAUGGGUAAUAUAAAAAUAAUAAAUAAUAAUUAACUGACUAAAAACACCGAUGACGUUUUCUACCAGAAAAAUUGAUUAAAUCUAAAAAUCAUCUUUUUUGUUGAAUUUUCGAUUUACUUACUUACUGUAUCAUAGCCAAAACUUUUGAGCUUUUAAGGAAUUUUAAUUUUUGGGAGUUUUUUGCUGUAAUCCGGUUAUCAAUGCACAUAGCAACUUGAAACUUAGUAAUAAUACUUAUAUUAGACUUAUUUAGAUGUUGUAAAAUUUCCAAAAUCAUUGGACGACUUUUUUUUCUUUUUUAAAUCUUUUUAUAAUGGUACUUUACUUUUUUUAUACACGGUAGACCACUUUUAUCCUAGAAAACUUACUCUGAUGUAUAAGCGUAGCAUCUUUUCUGAAAGUCAAUUUUAUCUGCCUGGUCUGCCUGUAUCUUAUAGAUCAUUUUUUGAUUUUCAUAACGAUAAUUAAAAUAAAAAGGAUUAACCGAGAAAAAAAAUAAGAUUUCGUUAUUUUAAUUAAGUACCUACCACGUUUUCUAGCACAAAUAUGGCUCCAAUUGAAAAACGAUAAGAGACAUUUUUUGUUGAAUUAUUAAUCUUGUGUUUAAUGAUGAAGUUUGUUUUUUUUGAUUUUUGAAUUAGUUUUUAUAAUAAUCGAGAAAAAACUUAGGAAAAACCUAAAAUUGCACGAUAUUAUUAUUUAACAUUAAUACGGAAAACGUUUAUUAUUAUGAAAAGUGCUUUAAUCAAAAAAUGACAAGAAACCUUUUUUGUUUCAUUGUAUUUUUUUUUAAUUAUCGUUUUUAAAUUAAAUUUAUACGAAAAUCGCAAAAAAAAAAAAAAAUACAGCAUUUCAAAAUAUGUAUUAUCGAACUGUGCUCAGAAUCGUCUUUCGUCGAGCAAUGACUUAUUGUUGCUUACAGAUAUACAUGAAAUAACCUUAUGUAUCCCAUCUUCCUCACUACCUACUUACAACAGUGACUACACUCAUCCCCAGUAUUAGCUAAUUUUUAAACUUUAAAACCAUUAAAAUUUCGAAAAAAACAAUUGUAUAUAGCUUUCUUAUUCAAACUACUUGAUAAUAAAAUAGACAAAACCUCCCUUCUAAACAAUAUUACCCUAAAAAUAAAUAAACAUAACAUUCAUAAUAAAUUCUGUAAUUAAUUUACAUUUAUUUUACUCUAUUAAUCAAAUUUAAUAGCACUUAUUAUUAUAUAAUUAUGUGUGUUUUAUCUUUCAUCUUUUUAUUGUUUAAUAUAUUUUAGCAUCUAUGAUACCUAAUGGACAUAUUCAAUAUUGUGUUUAUAAUCUACACUAUUAUCUAAUUAUAUAUAUAUGUGCUUAAUGUAGUUUUUUUUUUUUAUAAAGGAAUUUUAGUACAAAUUUUGAAGAAAAUCAAUUGAUUAAAAAAUUAUGUGGAACAAAUCUAGUUACUGGUCCAUGCAAAUUUUUUAGUUUUACUUGUUAUUUGUUUGGAACAUGUUUUGUUUGCUACAACUAAACAUUUUUUGUAGAAUUGAUAAAUGCUUGUCUAGUUGAUGCAUUUAGGUGAUCAUUUUUGAUUUUCCUUGUAGCCUUAUUGCCACAGUUUUAGAAAACUCGUUGCAAUCAACUUGUGAGGUUUUGGCGGGUAGCUGAUGACAUAAUAAUAAUAAUAUUAUCUGCUAAUUUCGAUGUUAUAAAUUUAGGUAUACAGGGUAAUCAAUCUUUCAUAAAACACUUAUUAUCUCGGAAAGUAUUAACUUUUAGAUCUAUGGAAUUUUUAAUAUAGGUUGCCAUUUGAAAAUCAAAAGUAGGUAGUGGUUUUACCACUAAAAAUAAGGACGACAAAAAAGAAAACAAAUGUAAAAUUGUGGAGCUGCUUGUUUCUUUUAAAUGUUCUAUAAAACAAAUAAUGAAAAAAGUUUAUACUUUCCUAUCAUCACCCUGUAUUUAAAUUAAUAUUACAAUAAUAAUAAUAUUAAAAACAGUAUGUUCCUAUCUCCUUGUUAACCAAAUCAACAACUAUAACUAUGUAUUAGUAACUAUAUAGGUAUGUACAGACAGAUAUUCAUCUGUCUGUAUGAAUAUGAAUAUGUAUGAAUAUGAAUAAUGUGUGAAUAUGAGGUGUUUGAAACUUAUUUAUAGAAACCUAAAAAGGUUAAGAGGGAAGAUAGAUUUCCCCAAGCCCACUAUGCCAUAAUAUUUAAUGUUUAUUCGUUUUUGUUACAGGGAUAUACAAACAUAUUGAAUGCGGACAGCAGAGAAAAAAUCCUAUGGACGCAAUUCGAACCUGUGGAACCCAAUGAAUUCCCUAUUGGUUUUGAUAGUGAUGAAUCAAUUAUGUCAGGUGUAUCGCCCAUACUUCUUGUCUUGGGCUAUGGAUUCGGUGUUCAAGUACUGAAUAACUUAUACAAUUUUUAUUAGUUAAUAAGAUAUUACUUGGGGCCCAUAAAUUAAUUUAGGCAUGACCAAAAAAAUUAAAAUAACUGUAUUACCUACUGAUGAUUAAAAAUAAAUUAUGAAACAGAGUUUUAGAAUACAAAUUUCCUAUUGACCGUAAUAAAAAGUUAUAUAUUUUUGGGUAAUAAUCAUUUAAUAAUUUUAUUAAAUUUUUUUCAUCUAACAUUCCUAUCAGUAAUCUUGCUUUUAUUUUCAAGUGUUAUACCUUUUCUGAAAAGAAAUUUUAUCAGAGCGGUACUUUAGAGAGAUGAUUUUUCAAGUGGUUUUCAUAAUAACUGGUAAAAACAAGAACAUUCCUAACUUUCCCAACAGUGGCCCACCUAUCACAUAAAGUAUUUUGAAAUUGAUACUUGUACUUAUAGACUCGGAAAAAAAGGGUUUUAAUCUAUUUCACAAAUGAAAUUUGGUAAAAAUGAUAAAGAUUAUGGAAUUGUAAAAUUAUAGAAGUAAUAACAUAAAUUAUAAAAAUAUGCCGAAGUUUGUUUUAAUCAUCCUUCAUUAGGACCAAAGAUAUAUCUAAACAAAUAUUAUAAAAUAAAAAUUCUUGAGUUAGAUUUUUUUCACUGACCAAUUGAACACUUAAAAAUUAAGUUAAUAUAUAAAUAUCCAAUGCGGAUUGAGGAUUGAAUGUAAGUCAUUUUAGAUUUAAUGAAGUUAAUUCAUUCUAAUAUCUUGGCAUAAUCGUGAGUGAAAAAAAUAAUUUCACUAAAUAUUAUAUAGUAGAAAAAUAUUAAAUUGUAGUAGAUUAAGAAAGAAAGGCAGGACAUGCAAUGAGGAUCCAAAAUUCUCAUACAGAGAAUCCGGAUACAGAAUCUCGUAGGAAAAAAGCCCUUGAGGAGACCAAAAUUGAGAUGGGAAGAUAUAGGUAAGAUGUAGAAGAAUUAGGAUGCAGAGUAAAUUGGAAGGAUUUGGCAAUGAAUAGAGUCUGCUGGAGAAUUGGUUGUGAGUGAUACCGGAACCUAAUCCAAAAAAAGAAAAAGAUGAAUAUCCAAUGAAACCUAAUUAAAUAACUCUUUUUAGAUUUUUUGUGUAGCGAAGAAUUGAAAUGUAGCUUACUCCGAUGUAUGAGAUGUAGACCCUUUUCUGUAAAGAAAUUUUCUUGGGGAGGUACUUUAGAGAGGUUUUUUUUGAUGUUCUCAGGAGUUUUUCCUGCAAAUGUGAAAUAAAGGGAAAACAUGGGAAAACUGGGAAAUAGGUACAAAUAUUAUUAAAGAAAAUAUAUAAUGCCUAUUUAAUUAUUUUACCAUAAUAUAAUAUAUGAACUCUUUUUUUUUUUUUUUUGUUAGCAAUAAUAUAUUGUUGCUUAUAGAUAUACAUUAAAUUCCUUUCUGUAUCGUACCUUCCCAACUUCCUGCCUAUAACAGUAUCUGCAUCUGUGAAGUAUGUCUUUUUUAUCAUAUACAUGUUUAAAGUUAAAAUUUUGAUGAAAAUUGUAAAAAUUGUGGGAUUUAAAAUGAAGUUUAACUAAAUUUUGCUCAUAAUUUUCUUUAACAAUAAUUUAAUAUUGAAUACAGAUAUAAAUAAAAUAAGUAUGUAUUCUAUGUCUUUUCUCAACCCCCCACAACAAUGUCAGCAGUAUCAGAUUUUUUUUUAUUAACAUUUAUUUAUUCAGAUGAAAAUAAAAGGUCAUAAUUUGCACAAUAGGUAGAUUAUAGAGGGGAAUUAAAUGAAUAUCUGUAUACAACAAUUAAACAUACUUAAAUAUGUUUUAUAAGGCCAUAAUAAUUAUGAUUUUCAUCAAAAUUUGAUAUUUCUUUUUUUAUUUAUUUGUUUAAUGUGUUAAAAUUUGAUAUUAAAAUUCUUUCAAAAUAACAUUCUACAUUUUCCAAAGUGCAACUAAAUAAACAUCUAGUUAAAUUGUCAAGCAUUUCUGUUUGGUUUAACUAUUUUAUCUACAAGGUACUUACAAAUAAUAAAUUACAUAAAACUUGCAAAAUUAAAAUGUCUAUAAAUAGCUUAAACAUGGCUCAAAGAUUUUGAAAAUUUCAACACUUAAAGCAUAUUUUAAACUGAAUUACAAUAAAAAAUUGAAAUUAAUAAUAGCAUUUUUUUUUUUGUUUUUCCAAUUAUUAUGAAAACCACCAAAUUAAAAAAUGACUUCUCUAUCAUCUAGGUACCAUGACCUAGAUAAAAUUUCCUUUUAGAAAAGGGAAUGUGCACACUUAAUAAAUAUCAGACCAAGAUUUCUGGUAAAAAAUAGUUCACAGAAAAAAAUAAACAUCAUUGCAAAACCCAUUUAUUCUAAAAAUUAAGUAAGGUUAGUUUUUAGUUUAUCAACUCUUAUAAAUAUAAAUAUCUGUGUUUUGGUGUUAAAUUUCAUAAUUAUAUCCUGUUAUUACUAGGUACUAAAUUGUAUUUUAUUACUUUAAAUAAAUACAAUUUUUUUGUCUUAUUUUUUAUUUACCUAUUUAAAAUUUAUAUUUGUAGUACUUAUACCAUUUUUAUUUUGUAGGUUUGGUAUAUUAGUGCAAAUGGUGAAGCAUAUGAAGUUUUGUCUUGGUCUCAAGGAGUUGUUAAAGUUUUAAAAUUUAUACCUUUACCAUUGCCAGAAUUGAAAUGUAAACAGGACCCAUUUGCGCAUAAAAGGCCAUUAGUUGCAUUGUGUGAUAAUUCAGGUGCUGGCCCCCAGUUCUGUUCAGUUAGUUUUAUUUCGUUGACAUGCGGUGAUGUGGUAUGUAAAUUUUUAUCAGUAAAAUAUAUUAUUACAACUUUUACUCAUAUAAAACCCAUACAUUUUUUUUCUCUUUCAGGUUAAAACAAUUAAAUUUAAAAGUUCUGUAGUGGAUAUUGCUGUAAAUCAAUUCGCUAUUGCUGUAGUUUUUGUUGAACGCAUUGCAAUAUUUGAUGCUCUUACUGUGGAAGACAUAAUAACAAUUACUACCUGUUAUCCUAGUCCUGGGAUUAAAUCGAAUCCCAUUUCAUUAGGAACAAGGUAAUUUUAAUAAUGAAUAAUUAUACAUUUUCUGACUCCUUGAUAAUCAUAUUUAUCUAAUUAGAUGGUUGGCAUAUGCAGAUCAAAAAUUGACUACUUGGAAUCGGUCAGCUGGUGGAUACGAGGGUGAAAAUGACCAUUCAUAUACAGCUACAGUUUUGCAUGCCGCGAAAUCGCUGAGUCAAAGCUUGAGAGAUUUAAGUGGGUCUGUGGCUAGUACAAUAACAGGUGGUGUACACAAUUCAAAUUCGUCACACAACAUAUCAGUUUCAAAUGAUUCUAAUCAAAUGAAUCCGGGCAUAAUAACUGUAAUUGAUAUCAAAGUAUGAACAAAUACUAUUUACAACUAUUUAUGUUCCUUUUUCUCCACUACUUCUCUACCCCCAAAAUUAUUUAGUCUGUUAAUGUAGAAUUUUUAAAGUAGUAAAAUAAAUAAUAAUGAUUUUUUUUUUAUUCUAUGAAACAUUUUUAAUUAUAUUUAACAUUUUUGUCAAAAUAUUAUUUUUAUGUAUUAUAUUUCAAAAUGCACAAUUGUAUUUAUUUUGGGGGCUUAAUUAUUAAAGUUCUCUAAUUUUAUAUGAUGUCUAUAAAAAAAAAAGGGUCAUUAAUAGGUUAUUUGUAGUUUUUGUUUAUUAUUGAUUUGACUAUUAAAAAAUGAUUCUGAUGAUGAAAAUUUAAAAUUAACUAUUUUAUUAACCUAUAUUAUUUUUAACUAGUAUGCAUAGUGGGCCAGAAUGAGUUUAUAAUGGGACAAAAAUAAACUUUGGUGUAUUUCACUUGAUUUGGAUUUAUAAAAGUCUUAGAAAUAGCUAUUUAAAAAUCAAAACCAAAAAUUACUUACUUAUUAGUUAUUGCUUCCAUUUGUGUUUUUUUAAUACAAUCUAUACAUAUAUAAAUACAAUUAAAGUGUUUGUCUGUUUGUCUGUCAAAUUUUAUCUUUGAAAUAGUUGAACCAAUUUCUAUGAGACUUCCACUGUAAGGUAGAGUAUUUUCCUGACCAUAAUAUUAGGUAUUUUUAUCUCAUUAUUUAAUCUACUAUAAAAAAAAAAAAAAAGAUAGAUACAUUUUAUAUAGUGAAAUAUAAUUAGUGAAUCAUGAUUUAUUUAAUAUAUUGAUAACUUCCCAAUUGACAGCCAUAAGCAGACAGUUUUUUUUUAAAUACAAUCCACUAAUGUGAUUAAAUAUUUAAGUUGAAUUUGAAACCCCAGUGUGCACCAGUGAUUUUGAAUAGAUUAAUAACAGAAAAACUAUAAUAAGGUUAACCAUCAUUAAUAAUAAAAUAGGAUAUUUCAAAAAAAUAUUAUUACUAUUACUUACUAAUCAAUGUAUUCAAUGAUGCUAUUUCGAAGUUAAAUGUCUAAAUGUGUAUAGAGAAAAACGAGAAAUACAGGAGUACAAAUGAUAUCAGAAAACAGAAAGUUUAUAACAUGUAUAUUUAUAGCUUGUUAUCUGGUAUAUUAUACAGCAUAUAAAAUUACUUAGGUUUAUCCCACUAUCAAAGUGUUAUAACAGAUUAUUUAUUUUUUGAACAUCAAAUUAUUCAUUUUUGUUCAGUUUUUAAUUAAUUUUAGCCCACUGUGCAGUGCUCUGAUUUUGUAGCUAAUCAUUAUAAUAUGAUAUAGAUAAAAAUAGUUGAGAAAGCUAUAAGCUUACUUUAUGCAACAGAUAUUCCAAAACAAUUUUGCACAUUUUUUAGAUUUUUAGAGCUAUUUUUAAAGUUGUGGUAUUAUUUUUUGUCAAUAUUUAUCAUAUAAUGAUUUAUUUUGUGUGUUUCAUAAAUUUCAUUUAAAUUUAAUGAAAAAUGAGUAGAAAAGAGUUUUCAGAGCAUAUUAAAAAGCUUUUUGAUAAUAUUAUCCUGUAUAUUUUUGUACUCAUUAGUUUUAUAAACAUCAUGCCCUGUUUUUGACUUAAUGAGUGUUUCUAAUGUUCUAACAAUAAGACAAAUUUGAGUUUUUUUAAAUUAAUAUGGUUUAAAUGUUUCUUUUUCAGAAUAAAGUUUUAAAAGAAAAAACACCUCAAGGACCUGAUAUUGUUGCUCACUUUGCAGCUCACUGCGAGGCUAUCGUGGCUUUAAAUUUUGAUCAGUCUGGUCUUAUGUUAGUAACCGCAGAUAAAAAUGGACAUAGGUUUAAUGUAUUCAAAAUACAUCCUAGUAUAUUAGGUUCUUCAUUUACAGCUGUCCAUCAUCUAUAUACGUUACACAGGUAUUUUAUAUUCUAAAUAUUCUAUCAAAUAUGAAAAUAAAUUUGAAUUGUAAAUUAUUAGAGGUGAUACAACAGCUAAAAUUCAAGAUAUUCAAUUUUCAAUUGAUUCAAGAUGGGUAGCUGUAAGUUCACUUAGAGGAACAACUCAUAUUUUCCCUAUUACUCCAUAUGGAGGACCAAUUGGACUACGAACCCAUUCAACACCACAUAUUGUAAAUAAAUUAUCAAGGUAAUAAUGUCAUAUGCAAUUGUCUGUUUUUAAAUUCUGGGUGUAGUGAAGAAUGUAUUGGUUUUACUAAAAUGUUUAUUAUUAAUUUUUUUUAAAAUAAUUAUUUUUAAAUAAUCUAUCCUAUUAGAAUAAAUUAUUUUUAUGUAAAAAGACUUGCUUUAAUAUGCUGUGGAAGGAAAUAUUAUCUAGAUGGUACUUUUGGAGGGUCUUUUUUUGAUUUUCCAAGCGGUUUUCAUCAUUUCUAGGAAAAAUAUGAUAAACUGUAAGAAGUAAGUUUACAAAAAUAAUGUUUUUAUUAUUUUUCAAUUUUGUUCUUUGUUGUCAUUCAGUUAAAUAUAUUCGUAGAGACUUGACAUUUAGACAAAAACUUAUAUUUGCCUUUUCUAGACAUGGUAAAAUUUUCAGAAUAUUUGAGCCUUUUUAAGCUAUUAAUAGACAUUUAAAUUUUGUGAGUUUUGUAUGUAACUUAUAUUCUUUUGGAACUAUGUGAUAAAAUUAUUAGACUUAACAGAAAUGCUUCAAAAUUUAACAAGAGAUUCAUUAAGAAUAUUAUUUUAUGGUAAAAAAAAAAAAAUGAGUUUAAUGAAGUAUUAUUUUUCAUAAGGGAAUUUUAAUAUCAACAUUUUUGACGAAAAAUCAAUAUUUUUUUGAAUAAAUGUAUAUUGCUGAUUUAAGAUGGUGAAGUCAGAAUUGAGUGGACUAAUUUUCGAAAUUAUAGUUAUUUAAAGUUCUGAUAUUACAGAGAUAUUAUAAAUUAUGUGCAGCUUCUGACCCUGCACACAUCUAUGGGUAUGUACUAAAAUAUGUGAUAGAAGAAACAGAAAAAUGUGUAGAAGAAUUGUUUGGUUUUAUGUUUUAUUAUAAUAUUGGAAAUUAAUUAUCUCAAAGAGUUAAUAAUAAAACAUAUUUAUCUAUUUAUGGGAUAUUGUUCAAUGUUCAUAAGUAAUUAUAAUACUAAAAUACCACACCAUCAAUAAUGAGUAAGGUAAUUCAAAAAUGAACUUAGUAAAUAAACUAAGUUCUAAUUUUUAUGAAUGUGGACAUUUUUGUUUAAUUUUUUUUUAUUGGCAAGGACCAUAGUUACGUUUAAUACUAAUAUUUUAUUUAUUAAGUUAUAGAUAAUUAUGUAUUUUAAUUAAUUUAUUGUUAUACUGAUAAAUAAAUCAGGAUUUAUAAUUUAUACUCAUAUGUAAUUAUAAUAUCAAAAUAUUAUUGUACUUAUUAUUUUUAAAUGUUCUCAUUUAAAAGACAGACAUACUACACACAAUGAGUGGGCCACUGUUCUAGGUAAGAAAUUGGGAAAGUAUGAUAUAGAGGGGAAUUAAAUUCAUAAUAUUUAAGAUUUUCAUUAAAAUUUGAUAUUCAAAUUCUUAUUUAAAAAAAUUCUACAUUAAACUCAAAUUUUUUUGUUGACCACUAAGUAUAACUUAUAAUGAGCCUCCUAUUAAAUUGUCAAGCAUUUCUGUUUGGUCUAACAAUUUUAUCCACAGAGUACUUACUGAAUAAAUAUUACAAAAAACCUUGCAAAAUGAAAAAGGCGAUAAAUAGUUUAAACAUGGCUCACAUAUUUGACAAAAAAUGUUACCAGUCCAUAAAAGGCAAAUAUAAGGUUUCUGGCCAAAUUGCCUGUCUUCACAAAUGUUUUUAACUAAAUUACAAUAAUAGUUAAUAAAAACAUUAUUUUAUUAUUUUCGUAAAUUUCCAACGUUUUUCAAUAUUCUGAAAAAUGCUUUUAAAAUCAAAAAAAAGACCUUUUUAAAAUACCAUCUAUUGUCUAAAUUCUAAACAAUAUUUUUUUUCAGAAAAGAUGCUUCACUUAUAUAUCCAAGCAAGAUUUCUGGUUGACUUUUUGUACACAUUAUAUAUAAAAAAAAUAAACAGUAAAACCAAUACAUUCCUUUCUUUGCUUAAAAUCUAAAAUGCAAGUUUUAUUGUGCAUGCCCACAAUAAAGGUUCAAAAUUAAAAAAUUAUCAAAAAAUGUGUAUUUCAGUAUUCCCUAACCCUUCCCGAAAACCCCAUUUCAAUCACUGAACAGAAAUAUUUUGUAUUAUCUUUAAUUGGAAACACACUUUAUAUAUUUAUAUACUUGUUCAUAUUUCUAAAACCUACAUGCAAUAAGUACUUACUGGCUAUUUUCAAUUUUGUAAUUAAUAAUAUGAGAUUUGGCACCACCAUUUAAUAAUUUUAACAUGAAAACUAUCUGGUAUUCUCGGAUAUUAUGUUAUUUAUUAUGAAUGCAAGUAAUUCAAUCCAUACUGAUUUUAGAGUUAAAACACUUAUAAAAAUUAAAGCAAACAUUUUUUGAAAGUUCUACAGAUGUUAAUUGUAUAAAAAAUAAAUAAAUAAUAAAAUAAACUUUAUGGUAAAACCGAUACAUUUUUAAAUUCUUUGCUUUGCUUUAAAUCUAAUACAAUGAUAUUAUUGUACUUAUGUUAAAUAUCAAUUUUCAAUAUUUUCUGCCAACAAUUAUUUUUUUUACACUACUGUAUGUGCUUUAAUUUACUAUAAAUAGGUACUUGAUUUAGGAUUAUAAAAUAAUUUGUUUUUAAUGUAUUCAGGAAUCCUUUUAUUGAUUAUAUUUUUUGUAGUUUACCUAUUUUAACUAAACUUAUUAUACCUUUAUUGAUGUACAAAAUAAAUGUUAAAUGAUUGCCAAAAAAGUAUAUAAAAAAUCGAUGGGGGGGGGGGCUGGAAAAAUGUAUGUAUGAUAUAUAUAACAUAAAGUUGUAAAAAAUGUCUGCAUUAUUUUGAUAUAAAAAAAUUAUUGCAGGUUUCAUCGCAGUGCCGGUUUAGUAACAGAUGUUCCGAACAGUCCUGUGAUGACUGAAUCAAUACAGAAUUCUCAAAUUUUGCUGCCAUAUUCUAAUCCUUGCAUGUCCUCAAUACCACAUUCAAUUGUUGUACAUUCAUUGUGCCAAAUCCGAUCACAAAGUAACAAACUAAAACAGGAUGAUGCAGGAAUUGCCACGUCCAUUAAAUUGUCUACGUAUUUUUCUCAUGGCCGUAUUUUGGACACCACUAUGAUUAGGGAAAUAUCAAAUGCAAAUCACAAUCCUAAGAAAUAUAUUACAGAUUCUUUAUAUGUAAUGACAAACAACGGCAUUCUAACACAAUAUGAUAUGUAUCCCGUGCAUUCAAACAGUGAGUAUAGAACAAUGUAGUAUGGAAGUAUAAUGCAUUAAAAUUAUUAGUUUUAAUAAAUUUUGUAUCACUAAAGAAUUUGUUUGAUUCUUAUCUCGGUUAGCUAUAUCAAAAGAUAAAGUAUUCGAUGAUACAACAAUAGAAUUACAUAUUGAACCCAAAACCGAAUGGAAUCUUUACAAGCCGCCUCUACAUGCAUCUACUGUUAACCCUCCAUUACAAAAAGGCAAUCCAUUGUUGGAUCUUUUUAUUGAUUUUCCAGUCAUAAAUCCCCCAAAAAGUUCUGAAAAAAAUCCAUUAGAAAGCAUUGAUGAACGCUGGCUAUCACAAGUAAUAAAUAAAAUGUUUCUUCGAUUAUCUAUAAAUAAUGUACACUAAUUAUAGGUAGAAAUAAGUACACAUGCAGGUCCACAUCGUCGCCUUUGGAUGGGACCACAAUUUGUGUUCAAAACGUGUAAUUCUUCAUUGGGGUAAGUAAAAAAAUAAAUAUGUAUUAUACAAGGUAAUGAAAUUUAAAUAUCAAAUCAUUUUUCAGAAGAUCUGAUUCUGAUACUCAAUUGGGCGAAAUUGAAAACAAUUCACGAUUAUUGAAAUCAAAUCCUGUCAGCGUUCCACAAGCCAACAUAAGUAGACAAAGCACUCCUGUGUUUAUUGAAUGUGGUUCAAAUAGUAUGUAUUACAGCUUAAUGUACUAGUUUACAUUUCUAGUAUUUAAAAAUAGUUAUACUGCACUGUGUAUUCACAAUAAGGGAUACUACAUAAUAUAGCUAAACGACCUUGCAUUGAAAUGGGGUUUUUGGGAGAUGAUAGGGAGUAUGGAAAUACAAAUUUUUAACACUCUUGGUACACACAUGCACAGAAUACUAUUUAUUUUUAGAUUCUGAAUGGCGGAGUGGAGAGAAGAAGCUUAUAGUUUUACAAAGAUAUUUAUUAUUUUUUUUAUCAGCUAAAAACUUUUCUACCAGAAGACUUAAUCAGAUUUCUAAGUAUAGCACUUUUUCUGAAAAGAAAUCAGUGCGGGAGGUAUUUUAGGAAGGUUUUUUUUUUUCGAUUUCCUCAUCAAAUUUGAAAAAAAUAUUUCCCUUUUAUCUAAAGAAGGAAAAACCAAAUGCAUUUUGGGUGUACCUAGAGACUUAAAAUACCCCUAGAUUUUUUGUGCAAACUUUUCUACCAAAAAUCAUGCUCCGAUGUAUCAAGAGUAGCUUAUUUUUUAAAAGUAAUUUUAUCUCCAUGAUAACUUGGGGAGGUUAUUCUUUGAUUUCCCUAAGAGUUUUCCCAGCAAAUGUGAAAAACCAGAAAAAAAAACAUGGGAAAAACGUAGAAAAACUGGGAAAAUCUAAAAAACAUUAAACAAAUAUUAUUAUAUAUAAUGUCUAUUUAAUUAUUUUAUCAUAAUAUGACAUGUUUAUUGUUGACAAAGCAUCAUUAUCAACUGAACUGCACUUAGAAUCUUUUUUUAAUCAGCAAUGGCUUAUCGAUGCUUACAAGUAUACAUUAAAUUAUCCUUAUCUUUGGCUGUAUUCAUUCCAAUUAUCCUAGGACAUCUUUUUUUUUUUAAAUGAUCACCAUUUUUUUUUUAAAUUCUGAGCCAAGCUAGGAAUGUAUUGGUUUUACAAUUAUGUUACUUAUUAAUUAUUUUUUAUCCGAAUAACUUUUCUGAUUUUCAAGUAUAGCACUUAUUUCGAAAGGGAAUUAUAUCUAGUUGAUACAUUAAGGGAGUCAUUUUUUGAUUUUCCAAAUAGUUUUCAUAAUAAAUAGGAGAAAAUGUAGGAAAAAUGAGAAAUUUACACAGUUGUAUUUUUAAUUUUGGUUUUUUUGCUGUGAUUCAGUUAAAAAUAUUCAUAUAGACUUACAAUUUGAACAGAACAUUUUAUAUAUUUUGAGCUAUUUAUAGACAUUGUGAUUUUGUAAGUGUUUCAUGUAAUUUUGUAAUAAGGCAAAUUUGAGUUUGAUGUAGUACUUUUUAAAAUCAGCAUCCUUUUUCAUUAGCAAUGUUUAAUUAUUGCAUACAAAUAUAAAUUAAAUUUCUUCUAUAUCCAACCUUUCCAAUUCCUCACCUAUAACAAUGAUUCAUCCAUGUAUUAACUAUGUCUGUCUUUUUAACUAUAUUUCAAUCUAUUUAUAGAAUUUUUAAUAUAGGUUGCAUUUAAAAACCCAAAGAUGAUAUUCCUGCAUGAUCUUUUUGAUCUACACUUAAAAAUUCCAAAAUUCAGAAUUUAAAUAUAUGCAUAAUUUACCAUAAAAAAUGGUGUAAGCAUGCUUGAUGGACCAUCCUGUAUUUAUUUUAUAUGAUAAGAUUGAGCAAUACAAUAUAAACAUACAUAAUUAUAAAAACUGAAUGUACUAGAUAUUGAAUAAAGUAAACAAAUAAGAAUACCCUAAUAUUGACAAAAAUUUUAAUGAAUUGAUUAUCAAAUAAAAAAAAAAAGAAUGAUACCCGAGGACUCCAAUAAUGAUUUAGAGUGAAUGUCAAUUAUACAUAUUUUGAAAGUCUGUAAUAUUUAAGAUUUUAAUCAAAAUUUGAUUUUAAAACUUAGGAAAAAAAAACUACUCGUCAGUUAUCACUCAUUUUUUCAAGUAUUUCUAUAUAGAUUAAAUAUUUUAUCCACAGAGUACAUAGUAAAUAAAAAUUAUAUGCAAAAACUCAUAAUCAAAAUGUCUGUAAAUAUCUCUAAAAUGGCUGAAAUUUUUUGAGAAUUUUACCACAUCUAGAAAAAGCAAAUAUGAGUUUUCUAUCAGAAUUUCAAGUUUGUAAAUAUUUUUAACUGAAUUACAUUUAAAAAAAAAAAAUUAAAUGAACAAAAUAAUUAUUUUCAUAAAUUUUCUGGUUCUGUCCAUGUAUUUUUUAGUUUUGCUUAAUUUAUAAAAAAAAAAUUACAAAUAAAAUCAAAAAAAACUCUCUUAGUCAUCAACUAGAUUAAAAUUUCAACUAAAAAAUCAUUUGGUUUUUUUUUUAACCAACCGUAUGUUUUCAUUCUUAACACCAUGAUAAAAUCAAAAUUAUUAUUAAUCAUUAAAACAUUGUGUAAAUUUAGUGAUUUAAAAUCAUCCAAACCAUUCUUUGCAGAUAAAAGCUUGAAUGUUUGAUUGUUGAAUGGGUAACAAUGUAUUGUCUGUCAGUGUUUUUUAGAAUCCAAUCCUUUUGCCAUUUUAUAUAUCCCCCUAGUAACAGCUCAUUUAUGGUUAUUAAUGGUAUUUUAGGAGACUUAAGUUAAGUCACAGCUUCUUCCCAAAUAUUCUUAAAUUCGUAUUUAUCAACAAGUUUAGAUUAUUAGCAAUCAUGAUAAAUUCUUGAAUGAGGACUUAUUCUCUUCAGAUCUUUGGAGGUGCAAUAUUGCUGGUAGCCAUUUUAAUGUUCUCCUACAAUCUUCAUUACUAAGUUGAGCUCGAUAUCCAGUUUGUUAGUAUGUAUUUUAUGUAUCCAAAUAGGUUUAAUAUUCCACUGCUAAAUAUACAAAUGCUAGAUGUUAAAUUUUGGUGGAAAAUUUAUAUUUGUAAUUUAAAUAUCUGGUAGUUUUAAAAGUUAAUAGAAUUUUCAUUAUAUGUUGUAUUAAUGUCAAUAAAAAAAUAAAAAAAAAACUAGAGUGUAUUGUUAUUAUUGUUUCAAAAUCAAAUUUUGAUAAAAAUUGUAAAUAAUAUGGUCUUACAAAUCACUUUAAAACAAACUUUGCUUAGAAUUGUGUUUUUUUGUUAGCAAUUGUUGAUCAUUGCUUACAGAUAUAUCCUACUUUCUCAACUUCCCAGCUAAAAUAGCGGUGUACCCAUUAACAGUAUCAGCUCUUUUUUUUUUUUAUACAUUUUAUGGAAGUGUAUAUUUUUGCCUUGUUUGAAAACUAAGGUAUUUAAUUUAAUAUGCAAAUUUCAAGGAAAUAAUACAUUACAAUUUUUUUUUGUAUCAUUUUUUUUACUAAGUUAGCAUGAAUAAAAUAAAUUGUUAUAUUUUGUACUGCAGGUAGUUUUGAUUAUUCGCCAAAGUUUUUAGAUGUAAACCCGGGUGAUUCUUCCGAGUUGUCAUCUGAUCAAGGUGAUAUUAAAAUACUGGAAGAUUUGGCAGAAGCUAUGAGUGAAAAUUUUCAAAUUAACAACAAAUCUGGUAAAUUGUAUUAUAAUAUAUCAAUAACAAUUAAAAACUCUUCAAAAAUGGUUUUUUGUGAUUAGUGACAUGUAACUACAGUUGUUAUUAAAAAUUGGUGUGUUAUAUAUUAUUUUUAUUUGAACACAAUGUUUGGAAAAUAAAUAAAUCGGAUUUACCAAAAUAAGACUUCUCGAAGAGACAAAAAUCAUGGUGUCGUUAAAUCAAAAAAUGUAAAUUCAAAUUAUUUAUUUUUAAAUUAUUAUUGUAUACACUAAAUUAGUAUACAUUACAUUUUAUAAUAUUAUGCUAUCUCAAAUAUAGUUUUGAAAUAGUCAAAUCAAGUUAUAUCCCUAGCCAAAAUAUAAUAUUGUAGUUUUAAUAUAAAUAAACUUGAAAAACACAGGAAAAUUAAACAAUUAGAUAAUUUCAUGAAGUACAAAUAAUAUUUGAUAUAAAUGUACCAUUUAUACAAUUUAAACUAAUUGCCUGAUUUGACUAUGACAUAAUAUUAUGUUAAUUACAGCAAGUAAAAUAGUUCUAUUGGACAAAGCUUGACAUACUUUGUCAGACUAUGUCUCCAGAUAAAAGUAUGAUUAUAUUGUAUUCAAUAACCAGUAUGUUACAUAGUUAAUAUUUGUUUUUUUUUGCUAUUGUAGAACAUUCAGAAUUAGAGAUAAUUGAAGAAAGUGACCAAUUGGUUAAUCAAAUAGAUCAAACAGCAUCUUCAAAAAGAUGUAAAAAAGGCAAAAAGAAAAAAAACAAAUAACAACCAUUUUAUUUGUAACAAUAUUAAUAUAUAAUAUUAAAAUAUAUGAUAUAUCAAUUUUAUCAAGUUACCAAUAUACUAUGUUGAUCGCCUAAAAUAUGUAAUUAUUUUUUAUUAAUAUUAACUAUGUUCUUAUUUUAUUAAUUCUUAAAUCAUUCAUUAAUCAUUGUAAAUAUUAUUUUAGGUAUAUAUUUUACUUUAAUUUUUUCAAAUUUUGUUUGGAAUUCUAUGCUAUAACGUGUACUGAAUAUAAUUAAAUUAUAAAUAAUUUGAUCAAAAAUAUAAUAUUUAAGUAUAAAUAAUAUUGUAUUUUUUUCUAAUAGAACACUGUAUUGAGCUGUAUGUUUAAUUACAAUAAAUUUUUUUUUUAUUUAAUAGGAGUAUCAUAACAGAGAGUGAGAAGUAAGAUAGACUGUACUUUAGUACCUAAUUAAUUAUUAACUAUUUUAUGUGUGUUUCAUUUAGGCCAGUUUUAAAAAACUGCGUAUUUGCACUAUUUUAUAUUGUUGUUGUUGUUAUUAUUAUUCAUAC